AUGAUCAUGUUUACCUUUUUCCACGGCUAUCUCUUUCGCGAAGCAGCUGCCUGUGCCGUUCACUCUCACUCACUCAAUGUGUCCCGUUCGCUCCCGGCCCGACAUCGUACGACAUUGAAACUUUCGCACGCUUCGGACCAGGACGCUUCUCGUGCCCUCUGGAACACUAUAGUGCGUGUCACGGUUUGGAGUGAUAACAAAAGUGAGUGUGUGUGUUUGUGCAAUUACUGCAAACCGGACAUGACGUCCAAGGGCAUGUCCGGCGUGGCGUACGCUUGCGGCGGUACGACGGGACAGAAGAAACUUCCACGCGCCCCGGAAUACAACCUGCCGCUGGAAACGGUCGUGCGGAUUGCUCUGACGUGUAUUUACAUUGCGCUGGAGUUUAAGGCCCCGUUCGUGCGCAAGAUCCAGCCGGAAGAGCUGUGGCUGUACCGGAAUCCCCGCACGGACAGCUACGUACCGCUGACCAUGCUUUGGCCGAUCGUGCUCGGCGUGCCGGGGCUGGCAUUCACGCUGCACUAUCUGAGGACGCGGGACCGGCAGGAGCUGCGCUGCACCGUGCUCGCCUUCACACUCGGGCUCGGCCUGAACGGGGUGAUAACGAACACGGUCAAGAUUGCGGUCGGCCGCCCGCGGCCGGAUUUCUUCUGGCGCUGCUUCCCGGACGGUGUGCCGAACGACGAGCUGCACUGCACCGGGAAGGACAUGCGCGCACUGAUAGACGGGCGCAAGAGCUUCCCAUCCGGCCAUUCCUCCUUCGCCUUUGUUGGGCUCGGCUUCCUGACCUGGUACCUUAUCGGCAAGCUGCACCUGAUGAACGAACGGGGCCGGGGCCGGUCGGUGCGCGUGAUUGCCGCCGGGUUGCCCCUAUUUGCCGCCACCAUGAUCGCGAUCAGCCGAACGUGCGACUACCAUCACCACUGGCAGGACGUGACGGUCGGUUCGCUGAUCGGGAUCGUGCUGUCCUAUCUCUGCUACCGUCAGUACUUUCCCGCCUUUUCCGACCGCAACUGUCACAUGCCGUACGCGCUGCUCGACGCCACACCGAGCAGCCCGAACCGAGUGAAGCGUGCGCAACCACAGCCGGCUGGUGGAACGGCACCGAACACUCCGGCGCACCGGCCGACCCACUACGAGGCGCGCGCUCAGGAUGAUGAGCAGGAACAGGAUUCGGAUACCGAGACGAGACGGUUACUGUCCUCGUCACCGGCCGAGCAGAAGGAAGCGAAGUGGAUUUAGUAUGGCGGCCAUGUUGUAUCUCGAAACAGCACGAGAAGCAUGUCACCUGACAGUAAUGACCGUACAGGAUAUAAUCCAACACAGACACACACACACACACACAUAGACAGGGAGAACGAAUUUAUUCCGUUGAUAUGUUUAAGUUUCUCAACCUCCCCCUGCUACUCAUCAGCCACCUGGCAGCGCAUCGUCAACAGGUCCUCCCCCAGCCCACACACAAUAACGUCCCCGUGGCGUACUGGGCCAGCACCGGCCGGCGUACCCGUCAGCAGCAGAUCGUUCUCCUCCAGCGUCAUGAAGCGCGACACGUACGCGAUCAGCUCCGCGAUCGGGAAGAUCAGAUUGCGCGUACUGUCGUCCUGCUUGCGCACACCGUUCACCUCGCACCAGACGCGCACAUCGUCCGGGUUGGGCAGGUCGGCCCGCUGCACCAGCGCGCUGACCGGCGUGGACGUGUCGAACCCCUUGCCAAGGCACCAGGGCAGUCCCUUCGGCCGGGCGUCCAGUAUAAAGUCCAUGCCGGUCAUGUCGAGGGCGAGACAGUAGCCACCGACGUACGCCAUCGCCUGGUCGGUGGGCACAUUCGCGCAGCGCCGCCCGAUGAUGACGCCCAGCUCGGCCUCGAAGUUGAUUACGCCGCCGAAGACGCGCGGGAUGCGGAUGGUUGGCGGGGUGCCGGUGGAGCCAGUCGAGCAACUGCCCGCGUCCAGCAGGGACGAGAUGGGCUUGAAGAAGAUGACGGGUGCAUCCGGCUUGGGGGAGUUUGUGAGGCGCAAAAUUUCUCUACGACAAAAACAGGAAGAAAUUAUGUUAAUAACCGUUUUUAGUGGACAGACAGGCGAAGACAGCGGGGGGGGGGGAGGGGGUUCGGUUUCGUUCCGAAGUAUUAGACGCAUUCAUUUGCCACACGAACACACUCAGGAUACGGAGAAGGAGUAGCUUAGUGGUUGUGGGUACAACGAUUAGUUUAGCGCACCCUCAGAAAGUCAUUAGUUUCUUCCGUCCUUUAUGUGGUUGAAGGCGAAAUGAACCAGCGAAAGAAGUGAGAAAUUAAGCACGAAAAUGCGAAGUUGCAUUUAAUUGUAAGUAAUCGAAACGAUUCAUUUGAACUGAGCUGUGGUUUUAGGUUCCAAAAGUUUAAUUAUUUUUUAGUACAAUUGUGUUUCCCCCACCCAACCAAAAAAAAAGGGGGGAGCCGUCCUCUUCACCUCAGCACCACCUCCAUUCCAUUCCUUUGAUUUUGAAAGAUACAGUGAAGAAAAUAAAUUAAACCUCUGACCCCGA